GACAAUGUCGGUGAUUGUGCUUGAUUUUUUUGUGCAUUUUAUCGGACGUCAUGGAAUUUGAUAAAAAGACAUUUCGUUCUGUAAUUUUUCUGUUGAUCGCUGCACAAGGAAUUAUUAUCCUAUGGUUUGCGAAAACUUCAAAAAAUACCCCAGGCUACAUAACACAUAUACACAGCUAUCAGCAAAGAUCAGGGGAAACUCAGAUAGUUGAUAAAAGUUUGGAACAUUAUCCAGCUCCGUCGAUUUUUGAGAUAAAGGGCAACAGAACAUUAGACCUACAGCCUUGUAAGCUGGUAGAAUGCAUCACCCAGGCUAAUCACGAUGAACAAGUAACCAAUAAACCCUGCAACCCUGGGAUUUGUAACGAUACAGAAUGUCUAAACGUUAAUUCUCCAGUUGGAGGAAGGGCGAAUAAAAGGACAAUCAUCCAUACCAAGAAUAAUAGAAUACAUUAUGAUAAUGACAACUGCACUUCUGCUGUGACAUCCUUUGCUGGGGAAAAUGUUAUAUUCGGAGGUCAUUGGAAACCAACCAAAUACUUUUCAAAUCGCCAUGUUGCCAUAAUCAUUCCGUUCCGAGAUAGAGAGGAACAUUUGUGCAUUCUUAUUAAGAAUCUCAUACCUAUAUUGAUUGCUCAAGAAACAGAAUUCAGGAUAUUUGUUAUUGAACAGGUAGGAAAUGGUACGUUUAAUAAAGGAAGACUUAUGAAUGCUGGAUUUCUAGAAGCCUUGAAGCUGUUUGACUUUAACUGUGUGUUCUUCCAUGAUGUUGACCUUAUUCCAGAGAAUGAUAGAAAUAUUUAUGACUGUGGGGACCAACCACGCCACCUGUCUGUAUCUAUUGAUGAAGAUGGUUACAAGCUGAUGUACAGGUGGUUGGUAGGUGGCGUCCUGGGAUUCCGACCAGAAACCUUUCGUCGAGUUAACGGAUAUUCCAACAUGUUCUGGGGGUGGGGAGGAGAGGACGAUGAUAUGUAUCACAGAAUUAUUCAUUCCAAAUUUCGAAUUAUUCGCCCUCCAUCAACACUGGGUAGAUACACAAUGAUUCGCCACAAGAAACGGGAGCGAUGGUCAAAAAGAGUUGAAGUAUUGAAUACAUGGAAGAGCCGGAUGAAGAUAGAUGGACUUAGAAAUGUUCCCUACAAGCUCAAUAAAGUUCACGCUUACACUUACUAUACCAAAAUUAGAAUUGAUGUCGGAAAACCAGAGGCCAAAAUGAGCUAGGAUGGAGGAAAGCCAUGCGACAUGAGCGAUGCGUUCAGAAUAAAUAUGGAGUGAUAAAGCACAAGCAGAUACACUUUUAUUACGGUUGUUAUUAAGGAUGAUUUUUUAAAAUAAAAACUAUUUUUGCACAAAGGCUCCUCUUCAAGAAGUUUGACGUUUUCUUUCAAAUUCUUGAUGGAAUUUACAAACAUUUUUUUUUUUUUAAAUCUAGUGAACCAAAAUUGCCUCGGAUUCUGAAAACUAUAGCAAUUCAUUAAAAAAUAUCACCGAUUCCACAAGGUAAUUUGAAUAAACCAGUGUUAUUUCUUCAAAGUUCA